AUGGGCAAACGAAGGGAGUUUAAGUGUUUUGUGAUGGGAAUUGCCACGGCUUCCAUUUCUUUCUUCUUCAUAUUUAUGUUCACGGAACAGUACGAUGUACACUCAUCUAAGACGCUUCCCCAGUUUGGUGACGUCACAGACAGGACCUAUAUGAACCGUAAACCCCUGAAAACCUAUGAAAUGGACAGGUCUCUUUCUCACGAAUGUGACAAACAAACGAACAUCGCAUUCAUAAAACCACACAAAACCGGCGGUACGACGUUGGCAUCCAUCGUGAAUCGCUUCGGCUACGACCGGCAUGCAUCGUUCGUUAUCUGCAAGUAUAAUCGUCGGAACGGUCACCUGCGCCAACUGGCGAUACGAUCGACAAGCCCCGGGAAUAUCCUGCUACCACCUGUGAACAGACGUGAUGGUAACUGGAGAUCUUAUAGGUAUAAUAUGAUAGGGGUACAUAUUAGAUAUAACAGGACUGCGAUGAAUUCAUUUAUGGUACCAAAUACACGUUAUAUUACGAUAUUGAGGGAGCCAGUCGCGCAGUUUGAAUCCUUUUUCAAUUAUAUGCACUUGAACGCUGCAGUGACACGCGCUGGGAGACCAGUAAAUACGACUGCCCUGGAAGCUUUCAUGGAAAGACCAGAUUUUUAUCUCCCAAAACUUUUCUACGACCGAGACAAAGAUUCUCGGAACAAUCAGUUCUACUAUCUUGGAUUUGACACGAAGUUUCACGAAGACGAACGAAUGAUAAACGAGACUAUUCAAAGGUUGGAAGAAGAGAUGGAUAUGGUGCUCAUAACGGAUUACUUCGACGAAUCUCUCGUAGUCAUGAAGAAAUUAUUCUGCUGGGAAAUGGAAGACGUGUUGUACAUCAGCAAGAAUCAAAGAACUCAUCGAAGCGAAGUGCCGGCGGAAUUAGCCGAGAAAAUCCGAGCAUGGAACCGAGCAGACGUUCUAUUGUAUGACCAUUUUAACAAAACACUUUGGCGGAGAAUACACGAAUAUGGACCUGACUUUAAAAGUGAUUUGGCGCAAUUUCGCUUACAUCUUAGUGAAACCUUCGAUGAAUGCAUCGACUCCAGUGGGUUGCAAAAUCCGCUCAGUAGAAAAAUUGUGUACAAGGCAAAAAAGCACACCAGUAAAUUUUGUAAGAGUCUUACACGAACGCAUUUGGAAAUGCAUAACAAGAUUUGGAAAAGACAAAGUCCUCUACGGUAA